UUAGUUUAUGGUGUAUCUUGUGGUAAAUUACGUGGUUUAGUUUGCGUCAGGGUUCAGGAAAAACGAAAGAUAUUUUUCAGGUUAUAUUCGGUAAGGUGUUUUGUUUUAUUUUUGUAAUAGGAAACGAACCUUAUCAUGGAGCGAAAUACUCCUAGAACAGAUGAACAUAAUCACAGCAAAAACGGAUCUCGUUCAUGGUGGCAGGAAAUUUGUUUACGAUGCCAUGAAGCCGAUCAAACACCAUCUCGAGAACCGGCAUGGUGGGGGAAGGUUUUUCCUUUUCCAUUAUUUCCAACAUUCAGACAGUCUGCUCAACAGCUUUGUAUUAUAAUUUUUUUUCUCCUUACAUGGGGUAUAUUGUAUGCUGAACUAGGAGAACCCCUAAGUUUGAAUGGAGAACUUUUGAGUAUGACAGUUCUAGUCAUCUCUGCGUACUUAAUCGGCUGGAUCUGGCUGAAAAUUACUACUUUACCAGCUUUAAUAGGCAUGCUACUUACCGGUAUACUAUUCCAAAAUUUACAUUUGGUGCAUAUGACAGAUACAUAUCGAAAGCUGAACCAAGAUCUAAGGAAAAUUGCGCUAGUAAUUAUAUUAAUGAGAGCUGGAUUAGGUCUUAAUGCAGAUGUCCUGAAAAAACACUACGUUGCUGUAUUACAACUUGGAUUGCUUCCAUGGUUGGUUGAAUGUAUAGCUAUCAGUGUCACAUCGCAUUAUUUGUUGCAUUUACCAUGGAUUUGGGCAUUUCUUUUGGGCUCUAUGAUCGCAUCAGUUUCACCUGCAGUGGUAGUUCCGUGUUUAUUCAGACUAAGGGAUGAAGGUUAUGGGGUCUCUAAGGGAAUACCAACAUUAUUACUAGCUGCAGCUGCCAUAGAUGAUUCGGUCAGCGUGGCCGUAUUUGCCAUUAUCCUGAAUGCAAUGUUUUCAGCCGGCUCUGUCACCUUUAAUAUAAUAAAGGGUCCUCUAUCAAUCGUUGCUGGAGUAGUUCUUGGUUCACUGUGGGGUGCUUUUGCAUCAUUUAUACCCGAAAGAGGAGAUACUUACGCUGUUCCACUCAGAUUUUUAAUUCUAUUCUUGGGUGGUUUAUUUUCACUAUUUAUUUCAAAUCUAAUUGGAUGGAGUGGCGCAGGUCCAUUGGCGAUAGUGUCGUCUGGUUUUAUUGCUGCCUUUUACUGGGAGAAAGAAGGAUGGCCUAUUAACAAAAAUCCCGUCAGCAAUAUUUUUAGGAUUCUCUGGAUAUUCUUCGAACCAAUUCUGUUUGCUUUCACCGGUGCCCAAAUCACGAUAAGUGCGUUAGAUCCUCAAGUAAUAUCAAUGGGAGCAAUAUGCCUCGUUUCGUGUCUCUUGUUGCGUGUCAUUGCAACAUUUUUAGUGAGCUUUGGAUGUGGUCUCAAUAGUAAGGAGAAACUCUUUAUUGGCCUCACUUGGUUGGCAAAAGCUACUGUUCAGGCAGCUUUGGGACCAGCAGCAUUAGACUUGGUUAGUAACGGACAGACGGCUGGUGGUUCAAAAGGAGAAGAAGAAGCAUACGCGAAAGCUAUUCUCGCUGUGAGUGUACUUAGCGUGGUGAUAUCAGCACCCUUGGGAGCAAUCCUUAUCGCGAUUACAGGACCUCGGCUGCUUACGCGUGAUUCAACCAAAAGAGUGGUGCAUGAUAUUCAGAAUGUAACGGAAAACAAUACUGCAUUAUAAUGAGAUGAGAUCAUACCUAUUUUAAAGAAUGUACUUCGAAACGAACAUUUUGCAAAGCUUUUUUACUUAAUUUAUUAAAUAAACAUAAUAAUAUAUACUACCCCUUGUACUUGCCUAUCACUUUCAUACAUUUUAUUCAUUUACUACAGUAAAACAGCGUAACCCAGUUCAAAAAUAAUGUGAUUACUAAAAUUACUAUGUUAAUCGUAUUUCUAAAGUUACCCAGCUUCACUGUAUGAUACGUAGUUAUGUAACAUCGUAGACAGAGCAUGGAUUAGGUAGU